AUGUCGGCCCCGGGUUCAUCGGCAUAUCCUCCGCAUUCCAACCCCUCCUCCGUCCACGGGGCUCCGGCCAAUAUAUCAUCAACUCCAGCCCCGAAUAAUACGACUGGGUCGUCUAACUCCGUGAGCGCGCCACUCCUCUCGCCAUCUUCUCAUUCUACCGCGCUACGUCUGCGACCAUCUAAUUCUGCCUCAGCAUCUCGGAGCACUACAACACCCCCUACAACUAUUACCGCAUCCUCCACCACCGGAGCUCAACCCCGCGUCACCAUGGAUCCGAACCCAACUCUACCGUCCCGCACGACACAGCUGCAUAUUGACGAAGCACGUACUGCCCUUGUAGCUUCCAUGUCGAACAUGCUAGACUCUGAACUGCAAUCACGCGCCUCGCUACUCCAUUCAAAUGCCGCGGUAUUAACUAAGCAAGAGAAGGACGUGAUAAAAGGAACUGAGGCGCUACGGAAAGAAAACGAUAAGCUCGAGAAACUAGCCCGCGACACAGAGCGCAAGAUCAAGGAGCUAGGCAACGUGCAAAAUUGGGCCGAGGUCUUGGAAAGGGACUUCCUAAUUCUAGAGGAGACCGCACGCCUGGUGAGAAAUGGCAGCGGAAGCGAUAGCUGCAGUGAGUGUAGCAGAAGUAGUUGGUCGGGGAGUUACAGCGCUGAUGAUAGUAGGGCGGGGAGCCGCCGAGGAAGUGUAACGGGCGACGCUGAUGUCAAUGGUAAGAAACCCGAAGAACCUGGAUUGAAUGGUCAUACCGCCACAGAUAGUGGUGCUAGAAGCAGCGCCUUUUCUAGAAGGGGUGAUGUACAUGUCACUGUGGACAGGGAAGUCGCUGCGAGUAUUAGCGAGGCUAUGGCUAUGGCCCUACACGAGUCCCUGGAUACUCUAUCGCUGGAUCCGGUUCUGUCUGACGCGCAUGAGAGCUCGAUUAAAGGUAAGGAGCCAACUACUGAGGGCAGUAGGACAGAGGUUGAGAAUUCGCCUGGCAAUGUCCCCGAAACUGGACCCAGUGAGCUAUCCCUACCAUCUAGUACGACACUAUCAGAAAGUCGAGAGAGAGAUGCAGCUGAGGAUAAGAACCCGAGUUCUCCGACAGUAAUAUGA